AUGGCUGACUAUCUCGGUCCACAACAACCACCAACAAAAAAAUUUCGUUCGGGUCCAAAUGCAAACGAAUCAGAAUUCGAUUUUAAAAUGAUUUCACAGUUUGAUGCAUCCGAUGGAAAUAAUACACCAGAGUUAUUCGAUAUGGCAACUGGUUUCAAUGAUCCUAUGGAUACUAAUCAACAACAGCAGCAACAAACGUCCACGUCAACCAAUCAACAAACAAAUUUAUAUCAAGCGCCACAACAACGAGUUAGUUAUAUUCAACAAGCUCGGCCACAAUUAUCAUCAUAUCAAACACCUAGUUUACAACGUAUUCCAACGAUGCCAACAUCAACUAUAGUUCGGCCAUCAAAUCUCGUCUCGAAUGGUAUGCCCACACAACAAUCAACUAUUUAUUCUCCUCAACAAAUGAUGGGCACAUCUCGACCUGUAUAUUCACGUAUGCCAACUGGCCAACAACAAGCAAAUAUGUCAUCGACACUUGUUCGACAACAAUAUAAUACACCGGGAAUGGUUUCAAUGAACCAAAAUGUAACACAAAUGAGUAUUGUUAAAGCAAGUGAUCCAAAUAAUAAUAGUGUAUUCGUUACAAAUUCACAGCAACCAUCCACAUUAGUCGGUUUACAACCGCAACAUACAGUGACACAAACACCUCAACUGACUAAAUCGAUGUCAGCGGGUUUACCUUCGUUGUCAACACAACAAUUAAAUCAAUAUCAAAUUCAACAACCACAAAUGCAUAUGCAACAGCAAAAUCCUCUACCGUCUUAUAAUAUAAGAACUCAGAUGAUGGAUCAAAACUCAACAAAUUCGCCAAAUUAUAUCAUAACAACUCAACCACCACCACAACAACAACAACAACAGCAGCAGCAGCAGCAGCAGUCUCAACCAACAUUAAAUAAUAUUCCAUCAUCAAAUCAAGUAAUGAUUCAAGCGCCUUCGAACAAUCCUCAACAACAUAAUGAAGUUCAACGAAAGCAAUUCAUUCAGAAGCAACUUGUCCUACUACUACAUGCGCAUAAAUGUCAACAACGCGAAAAACAGACUAUUAACGGUGAAACACCGCGUCCAAGUACAUGUACAUUACCGCAUUGUAGUACGAUGAAAAAUGUUCUACAACACAUGACCAAAUGUAAUGACCAUAAAACAUGUACAGUUGCUCAUUGUGUUACAUCGCGACAAAUUAUUUUACAUUGGAAACAAUGCAUUAAUCCUCAAUGCCCAAUUUGCCAACCGCUGAAAACACCAUCAACAUUAGCUAAACUAAAUCAAGCGCCAACUAAUAACAAUAAUGUUAAUAAUGCUAAUGUUACUCCUAGUAAUAAUAAUAAUAAUAAUAAUAAUAGCGCAACAACAGUAUCACUACCAAUAAAUAAAGAAUGGCAACGGCGUGUAACACAAGAAAUGCGAAAUCAUUUAGUACAAAAAAUCAUUACUGCACUUAUACCAAUAACUGAUACAGGUGCCAUGCGUGAUAAACGUAUUAUUAAUUUAGCUAAUUAUGCUCGACGUGUCGAAAGUGAAACAUUCGAAAUAGCCACUAAUCAAGAAGAAUAUUUUCAUAAGUUAGCUGAAAAAAUUUAUAAAAUUCAAAAAGAAUUAGAAGAGCGUCGAGAGAAAAAACGUGUACAAGACAUGCAAUUAGUUAUACAACCCUCGUCAUCAACCGGACAACAACAACAAUCAACAAUAAAUGAUUGUAAUCCUAAAAUUAAUACAAAUCCAGACCCAAUGACCGGUGUGCAUAUGCUAUCACAAAUUCGUACGACGACAUUAUUAAAUGAUUAUCUAUCAUCAACCGCAAGAAAUUCUUUGCAAUACCCAGCUAAAUCUGAACCAUUAAUGACAUUAACAAACAGUAGUUCAGCAUCUGGAACAUUUACAAUAACAAAUGUUCCGUCGAAUGAAGAUUUAAGUUUUCUUUUAAAUGGAGAUACAACACUCAGUAGUCAAACUCAUGUUAUGGAUACAAAAAAUAGUCUCGAUGGAGCUCAAUUUAAAAAUGAAGCAGUAUCACCAAGAAUAAAUCAUCAAGUAUGA